AUGGUUUCAUGGAAAAGAUGCGGUAUUACCACCGCGGUGGUGUUCUUAACAGCUCUGAGACUUUCUGUCUGUGACAUCGAUUCAUCGUCAUCGGAGGCAAUUACAGGCGAGAGAUGCUUACGUUUUGACGAAGGAGGCUGUAGUGUAUGGUUGCACAAGGGCAAUCCAGCCGAGCAUUCUAUAAGUCUGGAGCGAUACCAGAUACCUGGUAGCGUUUCUGCACUACAAAUGGCGUCAAGCAACCAUGAAUUAUUUAAAAAAGGGAAAAUAUCUUUUGCCAAAAGAGGCGAAGGCGUAUUCGGUUCAAUAGGUUACGAUGGGAACAAAAAUAGAAGACCAGCCUUUAGUACUAUGAAGAAUAAGCUUAAUAAACGCAUAGCCAUGCUCAAACGGUGUGAUCGCGCAAAUUACAUUCCGAUAAAACAAACGAAAGAUAGCUUGUACGUUGGGGAGAUAAAAAUCGGCACGCCCCCGCAAACAUUCCAUCCAAUCUUCGAUACUGGCAGCACGAACCUUUGGGUGGUUGGAUCGACUUGCAAGGAGCCUUCAUGCUCUAAGGUGUGCCGUUACGAUGCGUCACGUUCGACUACGUUCAAGAUGAUGGACACACCCAUAAAGAUUCAUAUAAAGUUUGGUACCGGUGAAAUUGAAGGCUACCCAGCCAAGGAUACCGUGGUAUUGGGGAAAAUUGCGAUUCCGGAUCAAUCUCUUGCGGUUGUAGUGUCUGAGAAAUCAGCCGGUGGAGACAACAUCUUCGACAAAAUUCACUUUGAGGGUAUCGUAGGUCUAGCCUUCCCAGAAAUGAGCAGUGUUCCCGGAAUGCCUAUAUUCGAUCACAUGGCUCUUUUGAAAAAUAUGAAGCACAAGGAAUUUGCUUUCUACAUAGAUGAAAACGACAAGGAGUCACGGAUAAUGUUAGGAGGCAUAGAUCCUCAAUAUUAUCUGGGUGAGAUACAAAUGUUUCCCGUGGUACGUGAGCACUACUGGGAAGUGAAGCUGGAUGCCUUCUACGUCGGAAACGAGAAGCUAUGUUGCGACGGACAGAGCUCAUACCUUAUUUUCGAUUCCGGCACAUCGCUGAACACAAUACCAAGCUCUUAUUUCGGUCAUUUCAUGUCAUAUUUCGAAAGCAAGACAUGUGACGUUGGAGCGGAUUACCCUACGAUAACUUAUGUUCUGGAAGGAGAACGAAUAACUCUCGAACCUCAUCAAUAUAUGUUGAGGCAAGGCAAGCGUUGUGUACCAGCAUUUAUGCAACUGGAUGUGCCAUCGGAAUUCGGCAAUGCUUUCAUCGUGGGAUCAAAUGCCUUCAUGAAACACUACGUCACUGUGUAUCAUAGGGGUACUGGAGGAAAGGCAUCUAUGGUGGGGAUUGCCAAGUCAAAUCACAGUGCUACGCAACACGAUUAA